AUGAAAAAAUUUGAAACCGAAAAGCUAGAAAAAAUUAUAAAAUCAAGAUUUUUAUUGAAUCAAACAGCACAAAUAUAUGGUGGGGUAUCAGGAUUGUAUGAUAUAGGCCCUGUACUAUUCGGAAUAAAACAAAAUUUUACUUCUGAAUGGCGAAAACAUUUUGUAUACUAUGACAAAUUAUACGAAGUUGAAUCUUCUAUUUUACUACCUUAUUCUGUUCUUAAGGCUAGUGGACAUGUCGAUAAAUUUUGCGAUAUUCUUAUAUGCGAUAAAAAUAACGGUUUAUCGUAUAGAGCUGAUCAUUAUAUUGAAGCAUUUUUAAGUAAAUUACCGCAUUCAGAUGAAAUUUCACAAGAAAUAAAAAUGGUUGAUUGUAUGAACUGUAAAGAUAUAGACAAAAUUAUUCAAAAAUACAAUAUAAAAACACCUGAUGGUAAUGAAUUUUCUCCUUCUAUAAAAUUUAACUUAAUGUUUGAGACAAAUCUUGGAUAUAAAGAAGGACACUCUGUUUUUCUUAGGCCCGAGACCGCACAAGGACAAUUUUUAAAUUUUAAAAAGUUAUAUGAAUUUAAUAAUAAAAAAUUACCUUUUGGUUCUGCAACUAUUGGUAAAGCAUUUAGAAAUGAAAUUAGUCCUAGAUCCGGUCUUAUUAGAACGCGUGAAUUCGAACAAGCAGAAAUUGAAUACUUUGUCAAUCCUAAAGAAAAAACGUUUAAAAAGUUUAAAACUGUCAAUACGUUGGUGUUACUGUUAUGUUUUGAUAAUCAAGAAGUUAAAAUGUCUCUAGAAGAUGCAGUGAAUAAUAAGAUUAUCAAUAAUGAGAUCUUAGGUUAUUUUAUGGGAAGAACUUACCUCUUCUUAGCCAAUAUUGGUAUUGAUUCUACACUAAUAAGGUUUAGACAACAUAAGAAGGAUGAGAUGGCACAUUACGCUAAAGAUUGUUGGGAUUGUGAGAUAUAUUCAUCCUUUGGAUGGGUAGAAUGCGUCGGUAUAGCUGAUAGAUCAGCCUACGAUCUAACGUGCCAUUCGCAAGCAUCUGGAACUGAGCUUUGUUUUAGUGAGAAGUGUAUUCCUCCGGUUAUAAAAGAAGAAUUGAAGCCUAUAAUCGACAAAAAGUCAUGGAUUAAGAUACUUAAAAAAGACUAUGAACAGUUUUCUAAUGAGUUAAAUUCGUUAUCUAGUAAAUUUAUUCAAGAUAACAUGUUUAAAGAAAAUGAUAAAUUUUAUAUCAAUUUUGUUUUUAAUGAAAAUAGUUACAAAAUUGAAUGUUCUCAGAUUAGGACUACAAUACACGAGCAGAAGGAUAUUCCUGACGUUAUAGAACCAUCUUUUGGUAUAGGUAGAAUUUUGUAUAUUUUACUGGAACAUUCUUUUUAUUUAAGAGAAUGUGGUAGACCAGUUUUACAACUAAAGCCUAAAAUAGCUUCAACAAAAGUUAUUAUUUCUUAUGUAGUUCAAAAUGCCGUCUUUACUUCAUAUAUAAAUAAUAUUUUAGAUCAGUUAUAUGAUUAUAAUAUUGUGGCAGAAGUAAAUGAAAGAUCUUGUAGUAUUGGUAAAAAAUAUGCUUCCUGCGAUGAAAUUGGUAUUCCUUAUUUUGUGACAUUUGAUAAUGAUUCUCUUGUUGAUAAAAAGGUAACUAUUAGAGAAAGGGACAGUAUGGAACAAGUUAGAUUAAAUAUAUCAGAUGUAUCAGGAAUCAUUUGUAAUUUGAUAAAUGAAAAGAUAUCGUGGGAAGAGCUUAAAUUUAAUAAUCUAAAAUUUUAA